AAUAUUCCUGAAGAAAGUUUGUAUGUGAAGUGUAACGGACGACUGGUUAGUGAUGAAGAUGUACUGCAGAAUGGAGCUGUUUAUAGUCUGGAACCAAGACUUUGUGGUGGAAAAGGAGGGUUUGGAUCCAUGUUGCGAGCACUUGGUGCUCAGAUUGAAAAGACAACAAAUAGAGAGGCUUGCCGAGAUCUCAGUGGAAGGAGACUUCGAGAUGUCAAUCACGAAAAAGCGAUGGCUGAAUGGGUGAAGCAGCAAGCAGAGCGGGAAGCAGAAAAAGAGCAAAGGCGCUUGGAAAGGCUGCAGCGGAAACUUGCGGAGCCAAAGCACUAUUUCACAAAUCCGGACUACCAGCAGCAGUGUCAUGAAAUGGCUGAGCGACUAGAAGAUUCAGUCCUUAAAGGAUUGCAGGCUACUUCAAGCAAAAUGGUGUCACCAGAAAGUGGCAGUAGUCGGAAGCGUCCAGGUGAAUCUGGAAAGAAUGGAACAAAAUCUCGAAAAAGAAAAUGUUUUUGGCUGGGAUUGGAAGGAUUGGAUGAUCGUGACAGUUCAGAUUGUGAGGAUGACAGCGAAGAUGACUCCCCUCGUACAUCUGACGAAAGUUGUCCAUCAGGCAGUGGAUAUAAUGAAAACGCUGGAAAUUCAAAUGAAUGUUCAAGCAGCUCUGUGGAUUCGGUAGAGGAUAGUCCAGCUACCAGUGCAACUGCGAAACCAGUGGAGCAGGCAGAAGGUACUGGAAGAGAUCUGCAAGGGGAGGCACACGCAGGUGGGCAAACUGAAAAUCCAGCUGAUGAAAACAGUAAAAUGACAAAGCCCUUGAAGGAAGAGGCCCAAGAAAAGAAUGAGGUAACCCAAACUCUGAAAGAAGAGGAACAAAAAAAUGUUUCUUCUGAGGCACAGGAAACGAACCAGUUACAGAGCACAGAGGUGGAACCAAUAGACCUACUGGCAUUCAACUCUGCUGCUGAAAUGGAAGCCCUGGGUUUAGAUAAACUGAAGACAGAACUGAUGACUUUAGGACUGAAAUGUGGAGGCACUUUAAAGGAAAGAGCAGCAAGGCUUUUUUCAGUGAGAGAUGGAAAGAAAUAACCUGAAUGUUUUCUGGAAAAUGUGUAUGACACUCUCAUCACCUAUUUUAAGAAAAAUAGCCAUCUUUUCUUAGCUUUAUAUUGAAUCUCCUUUAGUGUGUAUUCCAGUUAG